ACUGUCUUCAAAACGUCAAGUUGAACUUGCCAGAUCUUUGCGCAUUUCUAGUGCAUGAUUUGGUCUGCGGCAAUUAUUCUGAUGCUGAACUCGGGUUGACUUUAUAACUAGCAGGAAACUUUGCUUGGUGAUUGAUACCACGAGCAAGACUAUGACGGAAAGACGCCUAGAACCAAUAUGGGCGGCCUGGGUAGCCUAUCAUCAUGAUGUGGAGCUUGCUAUUACGAACAGGGCAGGGUGCCCUUAUGGCGGUCCAUGUGGCACUGAUGUCGGAAUUACUGAUAUUCUCCCACCAGACCUGAAACACGCGUCCGCCAUGAGGGUGCACCGUGACCAUCAAUGUUUGACUCACCGCUUUUCACCACAACAUGAGUACUGGCUCAGGCGACCCCUCUGCAACACCAAACGUUGUCCGUGUGGUACAUGCGACACAUCCAGACCGGGACACUUUUUUCCAUGCUGAAGCAGUUUCGAGAAAAUUCCUCAAAGCGAACCAGAAGUAUGUCGGCGUAGAAUGUACGCAGUGCCGAAUGAGAUUGGACAAACCUUUGAAAUGCGCAAAGUGUAAGAGUGUCUGGUAUUGCUCGAAAGAGUGCCAAAAGAAAAAUUGGUCCAAGCACAAACCAACAUGCCAUGAAGAUGAACGCUCCUCUGGGCUACUCAAACUUGUACAAAUGAUCAUCACAAAUCCAGUGAUUUUGGGCUACCUCAAACUCGGUGUCAUCUUUGCCUGUGGCCUGCUCGACGAUCCCCAAAUCGGGUUCGAUACGCCGUUCAUGGCACGUGUUGAAAUUGCUAUCGAGCCAAGUGACAUUCUUGACUUUGCUGGAUUGUAUUUUAACGACAGAACUACUGGCGAGAAGCUUCAAGGAAUGGUACAACUUAAUGCAAUUACUACGUGGAACCACAGUAUGCAAACUCCACUUACGCCAAAGCGACUCAGCAUGUGGCAUGAAGCUCGUGCAAGGCUUAAUGCAGAGGGUUUCGCCAAAGAUCCUGUUGGCCUUAUAGAGUUUUUCGGAUGUAGUCCUGCAGACACAGGGAACUCAAUUACCGCUGAGUUCCACAUCCCCGCUAUCAUGCUUGCCGUCGCAAGGAUUCGUAAACCCUUUGAAUACAUCUCUGCUAUCACGGGCACUCUAAUCGAGCAACCCCUGAGCGCUGUAGCAUGUCUAGAGCGUGUCAACUUGCAUAUUCGAGCUGAUAAGGAGAAUCAGUUGCGUUUGCGUUCUGAGAUGACAGAACAAGACAAGGAAGCUAUUCGUGCUGCAGGCCGCAAUGAGGACGCACUUUCCUCUCAUAUUCUCAAAGAGAAGAUGGGAAGAGAACGUCUUUAUGCUGAAUUGGUAUGAAUUAGACAUUCUCUCCUCCGCCUGCGAUUCAAGUUACCCUUGGACUAUGCUUCAUAACAUUGACAGGGCCUUACUACUCAGGUUGAAUUUUGUAUCUUGUAACUCUCUGAUCGAGGUCUUGUGUAUAAUGUUCUUUAUCACAUGAUUCAACGCGGCCUUA